UCGGCUGCUUCCGACUUCUUGCUAGCCUGGCUGUGGUGUUCUUUAUAUCAGACGUUAUAAACCUCGCUCUACCACCCCGUAUUGCUUACUAAAGAGGCCAUGAAAAUACCAAAGGGUCCUAACAUCGCCGACGGCUUGGAAUAUUGAGACGUGCUUGUCCGAGGCGGCGCUAACACCGAGAGACGCCAAUGUCAACAACGCGGCCCCUUCUCGGUAUGAAGCGAGUCACCGAGCUCGCGUGCGUGGAGCAGCCGAACAACAGGUUCCCCUCUUCGGCAGCGAGGCAGCAACAAGAGACGCAGACCGUGGAUGAGUUCGCUGUCCUGGAGGAUAAAGAAGACGAGCUGAAAUUCGCCCGGCCUCGAGUCGAGCGUGUUUUCAAAGUGACGUUCACAAUUAUCGGGCUGUUGGACCACACGGGACAAGCACACGGUAGCACAGCUGCGCGUCAGAUAUGGCUUCAGCUCAGAGGAAAUUGUGACGACGUUUCCAAAGCAAAGGAGUACGUCAGGGGACUUUGUGACCCGGAACUGAAGAAAGAAGAGCGGUACCCAGUGGACAUGCACUGUAUCUUUGCCGGAGCCCGGGGCCUCUUUCUGGACAGACUUGUACGGGACACAAGUGCUGAGGUUUUGGUUCCUGAGCCGGGACGCCUGCGGUUGUUGGGCCGUGCCGAGCCUGUAGUCAUGGCGCAGAGCCGAGUUCAGCAGUUUGUUGCACUUUUCCAGGAGAAACGAAGUUUACUCAGUGACCGAGAGCAAGCGGUGAAACGAGCGUUCAAGUCCUUUGUGGAAGAAAGGGAUGAUAAAUACACCAUGGAGCUUCUUUUGCUGCCCAGUGCCCUGAAAGAAGAGUUACUAGGAUUGGCUCACAGUCCAACCAGCUCAAGUACACCCUCUCUGGCUCAGCUGAACCAGAACCUACAUCCUAGCGUUGCAGAGAUCGACCAAGACCGCUCACAGAGUAGCACCCCUGUGACGGAGCUCUCCAUCCGCAUCCUUGACACCAGCUUUGAGGACAGAGGGACUUUUGGAGAGGGUGCUGGAAAAGCGGCAUCAGCAGCAACAAUAACAGCAGUAGGAGCAGCAGGAGGAGGCAUCGGUUUGGGUCCUGAGGUAGUCCUGCUGAAUGGCACCAGGCCCUCACACAAGCGCCGCUUUUCGGAAAGCGAACCUCGGGACACAAAGAGACAGUACUCCCUGGAGCGAAGGGACGAGUCUCCGGAGAGGUCGAGGGACAGGGAGCGACACAGGGACAGAGAAGGUCAUGCUGGCAGUAGUAGCUGUCGAUCCAAAACCCCGUCUGCUUCAUCAACACUGUAUUCCUCCACUUCAACUAAAGCAAACACAGUUGCUGGCUCCAUCAUACUGGAGCCUAGUGCGGGCAUCACAGAUGACAAUGAGGCAGUCAGCCCGGAAACCAACCUGCGAUGCCUAGUCAAUUUUUUCAGAACCAUGGGUUACCAGCAAGACGUCGUGGAGCGUGUCAUCAAGGAGACGGGACAGACGGAAGAUACCUUCCUCAUUCUUGAGAAAAUUGUCGCAGAAACAAAAAAUUGUGAAGGAGGAAUAAAAAAAGGAGUAAAAGACACUAAACCGAACAAUGUGCACUCCUCAGACCUUCCUUCAGCCUCCUCCACGCUGUCCUCUCUCUCUGUUGAGAAGGAACGGGAUGCAGGGAGGUCCAAAGAGAACAUUAAACCCAACCAGUACAGAGCCAGAAGUAACGGCCUAGGCCAUCGGAGGCAGUGCAGUGGAAGUGAGACCAGCACUCAACAGGCCAUCACCAUCAAAAGGAGCUCCAGUGCCCAAGGAGGAGCUGGGAACUAUGAGGUCAUUACUAUUGAUGAUGACGAGGAUGUCCCAGUCACCAGUGUCAAAACAGCAGAUACUCGGACAUCCAGGGUGACAAUGGCACAUGCUGACACCCAAACUGGAUCCAGAACAGACUACUUGGCACGGGGAGGGGGUAGCAUUUCACAGAGGGAUCACGUGUCAAGAAGCGGGACUCGGACUUUGGGUGGAUCAAUGAAAGUUGAGAGUGUGACGGCACUGCGCAGCGCCCCCCAGUGGCUGACGGCCAGCACCACCUCUGUGUCUUCCACUCCAACUUCGGCUCUAACGACAAGCCGGCCUUCACCCUAUCAGACCAUUGGCCACGUGGGCUUCCUUGGCAGCGCAGCCAGGAAUCCUCCUGCAGCCAAUCCCCAGGCCCCCCCGGUGACUGGUUUGGCUCGUUUCCACCAAUCAUUAAAAACUCCAUACACUCUGAAGCUACCCAAUGAACCAGGGCGGCCAGAACUGCGCCAUAUCAUCAUAGAUGGCAGCAAUGUGGCUAUGGCUCACGGCCUGCAUCGCUUCUUCUCCUGUCGAGGAAUAGCACUUGCAGUGGAGACAUUUUGGAGGCGGGGCCACAGGGAGAUCACUGUAUUUGUUCCUCAGUGGCGCCAGAAGAGAGACCCGUUGACAACAGGUACAAACGGCAACGUGUGUGAAUCAGCUGGUUUAUGGUUCAAAGAGCAACAUUUUUUAACUCAACUCGAAGACCUGCGGCUGCUCUCCUUCACACCCUCAAGAGAGGUCUGUGGCCAAAGGAUAGCGUCACACGAUGACAGAUUCCUGCUCCAUUUAGCGGAAAAAACGGAGGGGAUCAUCGUAACCAAUGACAACCUCAGAGACUUUGUCAACUCUUCUGACACCUGGCGCAGGAUCAUUCUGGAGAGAUUACUUCAGUUUACUUUUGUGGAGGACCACUUCAUGAUCCCUGAUGAUCCUCUGGGUAGGAGCGGACCUCAUCUGGACCUCUUCCUUCGUAAAAACAGACAACUUCCCCUCAACCCUCCCCCUCUGAGACCGCCAGAUCUGCGUCCAUCCUCGCAGCAGCAGCAGCCGCUUUACGUGCAAGCCCUCCAUUCUGCCCCGUGGACCCCCGCAGUUGCACCCCAGCCACCACCUUCUUUGAUGCCCCAACCCAAUGUGCAGUGGCCCCACCCAGGCCGCCGUACUGCUUCUCCCUCCCACUCGCCACCCCCCCAGCGUUCAGCGGGUGAGACGUCAGAGCUGAGGAGGCAGCUGUGCGACAUCUUCCCUGACCAGAAGCAACAAAUAGACGGCAUCCUCAGCGAGAACCCGUACAUGAGAGACUUGAAUGCCCUGUCGGGGCUGCUGCUGGGAUGAUUCUUUCUUUUCACACACCUUUGUGUGUUCCAUGUGUUGCUUUGGGUUGCAUGAGGGAGGUGUUUUGGGUGUUUUUUUUGCCAUUGUCAGUAGUGGGGAUCUACGGUGUUGUCAUCAUACACCUGUACUACCUAACUUAUGUCAAACAAAGGCAACAAAACCUGCACAAUGGAAGUUCUUUAGUGGUUGAAUACUUUUGUAAAUGCUGAAAAGUACCAUUUCUACAUCAACAAAAUAACAAACAAAAAACGCAAUGUGUGCAGGUCCAUUGUGACUCCAAAAUAUCUCACUUUUUGUAUAUAUCCAUGACACAUAAUCACUCUGUUGCUGAAUUUAAAGCGACAUUGCACAUUUGUAUCUCUUCAAAAAGUAUAUUUGGACUUUCAUGUCAAGCUUUAUACACUACAAGGACACCUUAAAAUCAAUGUGAUAUACUAAUGUUUUAGUAUUGUUUAGUAGUAUUUGUGCAUCACAAUCGUGUAUGGUUUUGUUUGCAGCCUUAAUUGUCAGAUGUGAUCUCGUCGACUUCAACAGCAUCAUUAUUACACGCACCACUUUUUGGUGGAAUAUGUUCCUUGGAACACGCGCUUCUCUGUGUGCAGCCAAGAGUUCCAGUUAAAAAGGGGCUCGAAGCCACUACAAGUCUGGAUUUAUUUGUGUUCAGUCGUGAGUUAAGUUAAGCGGAUUGCAGUCGCAAACAGUGUUUCCACUGUGCGGUUGUAGCAAGGAAGUAUGUACAGUCAAGUUGACAGUUUGCCGCUCACCCGUGGCGGAGUCGCUCCAACGGAAUGCAGACAGGAAGUUCCCCUGCAUGCAUGGUGUGAUGUGCAUCGGUUUUGUAACACGCCAGCAAUUCCUCUACACAGAUAUGCUUUGUUGGUGUUUACCAUGCCGAAGGAUUUUCCCUUUUGUUGUAUUAUACUUUUUUUGUGUAUACUGACUUGUGUUUGUACAUAGCAUUUUUGGACAUGCGGUUUUAUGUAAGUGAGGGGCAGUAAAUGCCACAGUCUGCGAGCUUCUGAGCUACCCUCCACCUUUUUUUCAGGGCGCUAUGAUGGCCAAAGUGUGGAUUAAAAGUGGUUUCCUGACAGUUCUUUAUUGUGUAUAUAAAAUGUCAAAGGAGAAUGUAAAUAAUGGUUCCUUUUCAGGAUGAAUAAAGAAAUAUCUAUUA